UGCCGUUCCCGGCGGCCCUCGCGGCAGGCUGCGGGCGUCAGGGCAGUUGGUGAUGGCGGCGGCAGGUUCCGCUGCCGUGUCAGGGGCAGGGACCCCGGUGGCGGGGCCCACGGGCCGCGACCUCUUUGCCGAGGGGCUCCUGGAGUUCCUGCGACCCGCUGUGCAGCAGCUCGACUCUCACGUGCACGCGGUCAGAGAAAGCCAGGUAGAGCUCCGGGAACAAAUUGACAACCUAGCUACAGAACUAUGCCGGAUCAAUGAGGAUCAGAAGGUGGCCUUGGAUCUGGACCCCUAUGUUAAGAAGCUGCUUAAUGCCAGGCGACGAGUUGUCUUGGUGAACAAUAUUUUACAGAAUGCCCAGGAACGGCUAAGGCGGCUAAACCACAGUGUUGCCAAGGAGACAGCUCGAAGGAGAGCGAUGCUGGACUCAGGAGUUUACCCUCCUGGUUCUCCAAGCAAAUAAGUUGGGCCUGUGACCUGAGUGUACAAGUACUGUUCUCCAGCUGCUUUUUUUGGUAGCCAUGAGAAGAUCCCAGACGUUUCUGUCGACCUUAGGUUUGUUUGAACUGUGUACUCGUUCAUGUAGUGGCCUCAAGAAACAUGCAUACUGCAGACUUUCCUAAAGAGCUUCCAUUACAGCUUGUGCUUCCAAGAAUAAGCUUCUCACUGUGUAGCCCAGGCUGGCUGAAUGCUGAGAUUACAGGCAUGUACCAGGGUGCCUGGCUUCCGUCUACACAUCUCCCCACAGAGAAUGUUAAGGUUAGCCAUCAUGUGGUAGAAAGUUCCAAACACACCAGAGUUAGUGCAGGAAUAUUUCCACUCCUCCCCCUCUGCUUUACCACAGUUCCUCUCAUGGUCAUGACUCUUCCAGACUCAUCUUUACAUAUAUAUCCUAUACAUUUUAAUGUUUGCUUCUUAGCAAGGGUCACAACUGUUGCCUUCAUCAGUGCAGCCCCAGGAGAACACAACAAAUGAUGAAGAUCCGAGGUCAAGGGUAGAGCACCUUGACAGUUCAGAACCCUAAGCUUUUGUGGUUUGCUGUUUUUUUUUUUUUAAGCUAUUUUAAGGGCUGGAGGGAUGGCUCAGUGAUUCAAGAGCACUGACUGUUCUUCCAGAUGAUGUUCAGUUCCCAGCACCCAAGGGGUGGCUCAUAGCAAUCUACAGUUCCAGGGGAUCCAAUGCCCUCUUCUGGCCUUUUGGGGCACAGCACACAUACAAGAUGCAGACAUAGAUGCAGACAAAACAUCCAUUCACAUAAAAUAAAAACUUUAAGCUUCAUAGUUGGAGUUCCAUCCUUUCCAGGCCUACUUAACCACUGUUGACCAUCCUGUCACUUGCUGUCUUAGAGGGAUUCUCUCUACGUGUGGUUUCACUUGUUUUCUUUACAACUGAGGACUUAGGCAAAGUCAAGGUAAAUAAUUUAUCUCCUUGACUCCCCUGGCUUGAAUGUUGAUAGUAUUGGUCAACAUUAUUAAAUGCUUGUUAUCAGUUAUUAACAAAAAAGGAUUUAUCUUGAUUUGUGGUCUCAAAGGGUUCAGGACAUGGUUACCGUGACCCACGUUUCUGGGCCUAUUGUCAGACAUGAGUGUGUGGUAACCAAGCUUCUCCAUCUCCUGCUGGCCAAGAGAAGGGAAUGCUGGGAUUCUGGCUGCUUUGUCUUUUAUCCCUUUAUUCUGUCCAGGUACCCAGCUCGUAGAAUGAUUUUAUCCACAUCUAGGUGAUCUUGCUCAGCUAAUCCUCCACAGAAAACUAGGCAUGUCUCACUAAUCUCCUAAGCCAUACUGACAUGAAAAUUAGCCAUCACAAUGUUGGUGUACAAAAGAGUUCUACAAUAGUCCAGAAUGGUAGAGUCCCACAUCUUAAGGCUUAAAUGUAUUCCAGUUUACUCUCAAACAUUAAUUUAUAUAGGCUGAAAUUGCAAUCUCAGUGUUUAUAAUAAAAGAUUCAACUUUAA